UCAAGCGCAUGCUACGCGCCUGGCUGCGCAAGCUCGUACCCGCCAUGCCCCAGCCACACGACCCGGCCCGCGCAAAGCUCGUACAGCAGAUCGCCAACCUCCAACACCGCCUCGCCCAACUCGACCUCGCCUCACCCUCCUCUAGCUCCACAACAGAGCCCGAGACCGACCAGGCGACCCCGCCACCCAAGCCCAUCCUCACCGGCAAGCGCGCCCGCAAAGCCGCCAACCUCCACAACCGCCAACCUCUUCCUCCUUCGCUUGCCAACGCUCCAAAGCGCCACAUCGCCCUCCUCUUCUCGUACGAGGGCUGGGCUCACUCGGGCCUCGCGUACCAGCCCAAGGGCGUCUACACCCCGCUCCCGACCGUCGAGGGCUGCCUCCUCGACGCCCUCGAAAAGUCGCGCCUGAUCGAGCCCAUCGAGGAGUCGGACGGCUUCGGGUGCGGCUUCGAGCGCUGCGGCAGGACCGACGCCGGCGUCUCGUCGUCGGCCCAGGUCGUCAACCUCUGGGUCCGCAGCGACCUCGACGACCCCAUGCUCGAGCGCACCCGCAACCUCGACCCCGAAUCGGUCGAGGCCAGGCGCCACGAGCGCGCGACGUCUCGCUCGCGGUCGAGGUCGCGCUCCAACUCGGCCUCGUCGUCGUUGUCCGCCCUCAGCUUCGACCUCUCGCCGCGCAAGCCCCCGUCCGACGUCGAGAUACCCUACAUCACGCUCAUCAACCGUCACCUCCCGCCCUCGAUCCGCGUCCACGCCUGGUCCCCCGUCUCGGCGUCCUUCUCGAGCCGGUUCAGCUGCAUCUGGCGCCACUACAAGUACUUCUUCUCGACCUCCCCUUCCCUCCCUCUUCUCGCCACGGCCCGCCAGUUCGACUUUGGCGCCGCGUACCGCGCAGUCGGGUACCCGCCGCACGCCGCCGCCGCCGCCUCGUCGUGGCAGGACCGCCUCGGCGCCGUCGACUGGCACGGGCUCGAGCUCGACGUCGACUUGAUGCGCGACGCCGUCAGCCGCCUCGUCGGCGAGCACGACUUUCGCAACUUCUGCAAGGUCGACCCGCCAAAGCAGCUCGCGAUGCACGUGCGCACCGUCAACAGCGCCACGAUCGACAAGGUCGACGGCGAGGGCGACGACCUGUACGUGCUCAACCUGCGCGGCGGUGCUUUCCUCUACAACCAAGUGCGCCACAUCGUCGCCGUCCUGUUCCUCGUCGGCGCGCGCCUCGAGCCGCCCUCGAUCGUCGACGCCCUCCUGUGGACCUCGGACCGCACCGAGGACACGAUACACAUGCACACGCCGCCUCCCGGCGUCGACCGCGAGGUCCUCGACCGCAAGCCGGGCUACCAGAUGGCCGACGACCUGCCCCUCAUCCUGUGGCAGUGCGGCUUCAACAGCUCCGAGUUCUCGUGGCGCACCGACAACGCGACUCGACCCGGUGACCUCGCGCCCGACGUCGAGCGGCAGCUCGCCUCGGCCGGCCUCGCGACCGACCACAACGGGCGCGACCGCCCGAGGGUGCGCGAGGGCGACACGUUCGCCAAGAUGUUCCUCGACAUGAACGAGCGCUACACCGAGUACCGCCUCAAGGCGCUCGUGCUCAAGCACCACCUCGCGAGCUUUGCGUUCCUCGCGCCCUCGCCACCUCCUCCUCCUCCCGCCGCCAUCGGCGACCCGACCGCCUCGUCCUUGUCCGCCCCCUCUCCUCGCCCGCCACCCUCGUCCGCCAGCCCCUCGAUCCGCCUCACCCCCCUCGGCGCCGCCCUCCACGCCCGCACCACGUCGUACACGCCCCUCCUCUUGCGCCCGCGCUCCGAGCUCCCCGAGACGCUCAACGCCCGGUGGGCCGCCGGCCGCGGCGCGCAGCGCAUGCAGCGCCGCCGCGACAACCAGGACGAGAGCGACAAGGUGCGCGAGGUCAACCUGCGCAUCAAGGCCGACGCGAUCGAGCUUGCGAGGAGGACCGAGCAGGAGAGGCUCGAGCGCGGCGAGCGGCGCGACGAGGAGGCGGCGACGAGCGGGACGGGCGACGGGCAGGGCGAGCAGGGUGCGCAGGCGCAGCAGGCGCAGCAGGAGGGCAAGUCGUGAACGAGAGGACGAUGUCUUUGGCAGAACGAGGUCGUUGUUGCAACGAGGACCUAGCGAC